AUGCUCCGACGGCCCGCCACAACGCUCAGCAUCACGGCCGAGGACGUGGCCGCCAGCGGCGGUGGUGCCGCGGCGAGGGCCGGCGGCGGGAGCUGGGGGCCCGGGGUGGACGACACGCAGAUGAUGGAGGCGACGGAGGAGGAGGUUUUCGCGGCGCAUCAGAGGGAGCAGGCGAGGCAGGUGCAGGAGCAGCAGGCGCAGAGGAGUCGGGAUGAGAGGAUUGGGGUGUCGAGACGGGGACGGGGGAGGUGA